AUGAAGAUUCAUAUAGACGAAGUUCUGGUAUACUUUCCCUAUAGCUCUGUGUAUCCAGAGCAGCUAAAGUACAUGAGGGAGGUCAAGCGGAGCCUCGAUAACAAGGGCCACUGCCUGAUAGAAAUGCCAUCGGGAACAGGCAAGACGGUGGCUCUUCUCAGCAUGACGAUAAGCUACCAACUCCACAUGAAGUCCAAGAAUGUCCACUUCAAGGUAGUUUACUGCUCCCGCACUGUCCCGGAAGUCGAAAAGGCGCUGAAAGAGCUGGACAGGGUUGUGGAGUACAUAAAGAAGCACCGCCCUAUCGAGUUUCUUGGUCUAGGGCUUACUGGGAGGAAGAACCUUUGCAUCAACAAAGCAGCGCUUAAAAGCUUCAACGUAGAUGUUGCAUGCAGGAGGCUUGUGAACAAGCUAGCUGAAUCGAAAUGCGAUUUCUACGAGAAUCUUGCCGACUUCCGCGAGGUGCCCGUUGCAGUGUACGACUUUUUACAGCUCAAAGAGAUGGGUGAGAAGAAGGGAAUUUGUCCAUACUACCUUGUGCGAAGGUCUAUUCCGGUUUGCGAUUGCAUAAUCUACCCGUACAACUAUCUGAUAGACCCGAGAAUUUGUGCGAUAGUUUCCAGCGAACUUGGGCCCAACAGUGUUGUGAUAUUUGACGAGGCCCACAACAUAGACAGCCACUGCAUAGAAGUGCUGUCAAUAGAAAUCAGGCGAAAUGUCCUUGAGGGGGCGUCCAGGGCAAUUGGGAAUCUAGAAAACCUUCUGAAGCGGGGGAAGCCUGCUUCUGGGGUGGACAUCCAAUAUGAAAAGGUACGGGAGAAGCUUGUUGGUCCUGUGCCAGAAUCCAUUCCUUACUACUAUGCAUCUGGCGAAGGAAACUACGAAUUUCUUCCCGGAAACCUCAGAAACUCGUUUCACUUUGUAUCUGCGCUGAAAAGGAUAACCGAAUUCUUCAAGACGAAGCUGAAGACGACGCACCUGACCACUGAGUCUACCGAGUCGUUCUGCAAGAGCAUCAGGGAGCUAUCGUUUGUCGAGAAAAAGGCCUUGAGAUUCUGCUCGCAAAGAUUGGGAAUGCUAUCCCAGUCCUUGGGGCUUGAUGACGAGGAUAUGGGGCAUCUGAAGACCGUUGCCGACUUUUCCACAAUGGUCUCCAUGUAUUCAAAGGGUUUCGUGGUGAUAUUCGAGCCCUUUGACUCACAAGCAUCAACUGUGUUCAACCCAACCCUCCGGCUGGCAUGCCUGGAUUCGUCUAUAGCAAUAUCCCCUGUCUUUGCGAGAUUCAGAAAUGUGAUAAUAACAAGCGGAACGAUGAGUCCCAUCGACAUGUAUCCGAAGAUCCUUAACUUUGUUCCUUCAAGGAUAGCUGAGAUCGGAGCAACGCUCGACAGAAACUCCAUUUCCCCUCUGAUAAUAACCAAAGGAAACGACCAAAUGACGCUAAGGGCUUUGUCUGACGACAUGGAAACCACGGAUGCAUGCAGUGGAGAUGUGCUCACAACCUCGUUUUCGCUCAGGUCUGACCCCUCUGUAGUUCGGAAUUAUGGGCAUCUGAUGGUGGAGCUUUCGAAGGUUGUUCCGGAUGGGAUUGUGUGCUUCUUUCCCUCGUAUAUGUAUAUGGAAGAGAUAGUGAGUCUUUGGGCAGAAACCAGCAUAAUUAACGAAAUAAGUAAGAACAAGCUGGUAUUUGUUGAGACACCGGAUGGUAGAGAAACAGAGCUGGCGCUGGCAAACUACAAGAGGGCAUGUGACAAUGGGCGAGGGGGCAUGCUGUUCAGUGUUGCAAGAGGAAAGGUCUCUGAAGGAGUUGACUUUGAGGAUGGAUAUGGAAGAUGCGUUGUGAUGCUGGGCGUUCCCUUCCAGUACACAGAAAGUGUCCGGCUGAAGAAAAGAUUGGACUUUUUGAGGGAAGAAUAUGGCAUAAAAGAGUACGACUUCCUGACAUUUGAUGCAAUGAGGCAUGCUGCUCAGUGCUUGGGACGGGUGUUAAGAAACAAAAACGACUAUGGGCUUAUGAUACUUGCAGACGAAAGGUUCGAGAGGAAUGAUAAGAAAAGCAAACUCCCCAAGUGGAUAAGGAACUGCAUUGACGGAGGAAACAGCAAUCUGAGUGUUGACAUGGCCCUGUCGAUUGCAAGAAGAUUCUUUAGAGAGAUGGCACAGGAAUGCACUGGAGCUGGAAACAGCCUUCUGGGAGAAAAAGAUGUUGAGGCAUUUGUAUUUGAAUGA